CGAACAUAAUGCCUGCCGAUUUGGUUCUACCUUUUCAACCUUCCCAAGUGAACUCAUUGGAAGUCAUCACACCAGAAACAGCAGAAGCUUGGAGGUGCUACUUAGCUACUUGCAAAUCGUUAUCUCACUCUAUUGGGCAAGAGUUACAACAGGUGGUGGAGAAUGAUUUGGUUGCAGCAAGACAAACAGAUCGUAGUUUAGGCAGCCAAGACUUGAGCAGGUUGUUGACAAUGGCUCGCAUGAUGUCUGUAAGUUAUGGUGAGACCACGCUCUCACUAGAGCACUGGCAAAUGGUGUUGGAGCUAGAAAGACUUAGAAAGGAGAGGCUCAAGUAAAACCGCCGAAUCUGAGAAUAUAGAUUAUGGUUUCGAGAUUGUUUGGAUUGUAUAAUCUUCACUAAGUUAUAUGAUUAAGAAGAACGAUCGUUUCCUAUCUAUUUAUUGAGAGGUUCAUGUUUUGAGCUUUUGAUUGA